UGAGCACAGGGAUUAGGCCACUACUAUAGAAGACAACCACCUCCACCAGGGACAUCGCAAAGGGACUCAGGCUGGAAUACCCCUCCACCAACGGCAGCAUGGACACAGAGUAUUCUAAGCGAGUUUACCAGGGGGUCCGCGUCAAGCACACCGUGAAGGACCUGCUGGCGGAGAAGCGCUCCCGCCAAACCAGCGGACCCCGAUAUAGUGGAGGAGCAUCCACACCUCCAUCCUUUGUACAAAUGCCAGGCUCCCACAUGAUUCCCGGGUACUACGGCAUGCGGCGGCCCUACAUCUCCGACUCCGACUACUGCCCCUCGUCCGCCAAGCAGUUCUCGACGGAGCUGUAUGGGCCGGCGCUGGGCUCCAAGGCGCUGGAGCCCUCCUCGGUCGGCGGCUACUCCUCCUUCAUCGACUGCUACUGCCCCGAGACCUUCGGGGACUACCGCAGCGCCACCGCCGCCUUCUCCACCUCGGCGGGCACCUCCAUCUUCCCCCCCACCGCGCUGACCUCCCUGCUGCCGCCCUUCGGGGGCGACGGAUCCCACCUCUUUCUGAGGGAGUCCUGGGACCAGUCGGUUCCGGAGCCCCUGUCCCAGGUGGGGGAUGGCCUGUGUCCCGACGGCCUGGGCAGUGUGGUGGGCGUGGCAUCCGCCUCCAUCACCAGCCCGGAGCCCGAGGGCAGCCCGUCCCACCAGCAGCAGUACCGCUCCCCCAGCCACAGCUCCUCCACCAUGGGCCCGUCCUCCUCCUCCACGGGCCCCUCGGGCCAGCCCUACGCCCUGCACACGCUGGAGGACGUCCACUACCACCCCCUUUCCAGCAGCUCCUACCCGCCUUCCUCGCCCUCCUUCUGCUCCCCAUACAUGUCCGGCACCGUGGGGGACCUGGCCCCUAAGAUGGCCCCCCUGGCGCCGGAGGAAGCUGAGAGCCAAAGGGGCCUCUCCUCCCACAGCGAUGCUCAUCACCCCUCCUGGGCGAAAGAGGAUGCUGGGAGCUCCUGGUCGUCCUAUGAGAUCAGGAGGUCCUACUAA